AUGCCUUCCGUUCAAAUGCGUUCUUCUCCGUCUCUUUCACCGCCGGCGACGGUUAACGAUCUCAAGCAACGAGUCAUCGCCUGUCUCAAUCGACUUUCCGAUCGCGAUACUCUAUCUCUCGCCGCCGCAGAGCUCGAUUCAAUCGCUCUUAAUCUCUCUCCGGAGACUUUCUCUCUGUUUAUAAACUGUCUCCAAAGCACUGACUCUUCAGCCAAAUCCCCGGUUAGGAAACACUGCGUCUCGCUCCUCUCCGUACUCUCUCGUUCCCAUGGCGAUUCUCUCGCUCCUUACCUCUCUAAAAUGGUCUCCACCGUCCUCCGCCGUCUCCGCGAUCCCGAUUCCUCAGUCCGUGCCGCUUGCGCAGCCGCUUCCGUCGAUAUGACCACAAGCAUCACUGGACCGCCUUUCUCAAUCCUCUUGGGGCCAAUGAUCGAAACGCUUGUCCACGAUUGCGAUCCUAACGCGCAGAUCGGUGCUGCAGUGUGCUUUGCGGCCGCAGUAGACGCGGCGGACGAGCUUGAUGUUGAGCAGUUGCAGAAAGCGUUGCCUAAGAUUGGGAAAUUGCUAAAAUCAGAAGGUUUCAAGGCGAAACCGGAACUUCUAGGAGCUAUUGGGAGCGUAAUUAGUGCCGUUGGCGGUAGAAACACAGACAAGGCCGUGCUAGAUUGGCUUUUACCGAAUGUCUCGGAGUUUCUAAGCAGCGAUGAUUGGCGUGCGAGAAAAGCCGCUGCAGAGGCAAUGGCUAGAGUUGCAAUGGCAGAAGAAGAGUUUGCUCCUUUGUAUAAGAAGACCUGCGUAAGUAUUCUUGAGAGCAGAAGAUUUGAUAAGGUCAAACUUGUUAGAGAGACGAUGAAUCGUACAUUGGGUUUAUGGAAGCAGCUUGAAGGCGAUUCUACAGAGGUCUCAGAGUCUUCUUCCUCCUCAAAACCAGCUUCUUCUGGUUUGCCUGCGACUUUAGGGAAAAGAAACAACACAUUGAAAAGCAAAGAUAGGAAUUUAUUAAACCACUCUGAUCUUAGCAUUACUAAAGAUGUUGAGCUGGAAGCUGCAGAGUCGAAAGAGAAGCGGACUGAAAAUCAUUCGACACUGGGAGCUAAACGUGUUCUGUUCCAGGCGAAGCCAAAACCGUCUAAGGUAAAAGAGAAUGAAUCUAACAAGUCACAAGUUGUUCAGAGAAUUGAAGAGGAGAUUCCUGAAGCAGGCGGUUCUUCGCAGGCAAAUAAUGCAGUAGAGUUGUUUGAGAUAAGAAACCAGAUCACUCAGAUCGAAAAGCAACAGUCCAGUCUGUUGGAUCUCUUUCAGCGGUUUAUGGAGAGCUCACAGAAUGGAAUGCAAUCUCUGGAGAGACGAGUACGUGGUCUAGAAACAUCCCUCAGCGUAAUCUCCACUGAUUUGAUAGUUACUCGCACGAUAACACAAAAUGGAAACCACAAACGAAACGCCUGCCUACAGAAUUGA